AGACGGCAGGAUUUGGAACGUACCCUCAAUGGCAGACUUGUCAUGUUGAUUCCAAGAUUUCUUAAUUUAUUAGCCAAAGUAAUGUGUUUUAUUACGCAUUGAUUACAUUAGGCACCGGAUAAACACUUAUUACGUUUGUACUAAUUGAAUAAAUACAUGUGAUUGUGAGUGAAAGUGGACUUACAGUGUUUAACCGCGGAAUAAAUAUAAGAAAAAUAUCGCUGCGCUAAAGUAUCUUAGAAUCGAUAUAACUACGAAAAUAUUAUUCGCCGCACCGCGAAUUCAUUAUCGCUAUGUCAACAAAAUUAUGAGUUAACCGCUAAGAGCAGGAGUCACAAUGUCCCUCGAGCGUGACAGUAUGGGCGUAAUGCCCAACGCUGGUGUGGGGGCCUCUGACCCCCGAUCUCAGCUGCACCAGGAGAUGAGGGAGCAGAACUUUGAUCUCAUCAGAUUUGCAUCGUACCGAACCGCUUGCAAACUCCGUUAUGUCCAGAAGAAGUGUAACUUACACGUAAUAGACAUAUGGAACGUAAUAGAAGCGUUCAGAGAGAACGCUCUGAACACCUUGGAGCCCAACGCCUGUGUGAACGUCACUCGGCUGGAGACGCUGGUGUCCUCUCUGUACCAUAAUUUGAACAAGCGGUUGCCGCCAGCGCAUCAGGUGUCGGUGGAAGCAUGUUCAGCGUUGCUGCUGAAUUGGUUGCUGUCUGCUUACAGCACUGGUGAGAAUGUCGGCAAAAUAAGGGUGUUCUCAAUAAAAGUCGCAUUGGCUACUAUGUGUGCAGGAAAGUUAAUGGAUAAAUUACGAUAUAUCUUCUCGCAACUAUCUGACGGCAACGGCCACCUAUUGAUGAAGAGGCUAUCUGACUACCUAAGAGAAGUGCUGGCUUUACCGGCAGCCGUGUACGAAUCCCCGUCGUUCAGUUAUGACGAUUCGUUGGCGCUGUCUAUAUUCAAUCAGAACGGCAAGAUAACAGUGAACGAUUUCCUGGACACUUUGAUGUCGGAUCCCGGUCCGCCGUGUCUCGUGUGGCUGCCUUUACUGCAUCGGCUUGCUAGUGUUGAAAAUGUGGUCCACCCGCUAGCCUGCUCCGCUUGCCGCCUAAGCUCGCUAACUGGUUUCCGCUACCGCUGCGCGCGUUGUGCCAACUACACACUUUGUCAGGACUGCUUCUGGCGCGGCAGAGUCUCCCAGGGCCACACCAACGAGCACGAGGUCAAGGAAUACUCGCACUAUAAAUCUCCAUCGAAGCAAAUCGGGGCAACGCUGCGCAAGUCAUUCCGAUGUGUACCGGAACGGGCUCGGACCCAGGUCCCGCGCUAUCCUGACCGCCCUGAGCGCACACUCAACCUCAGUCAUAUCGUACCCCCCUCUCCCGUACCCGCCCACAACGGUUUUCCCGAAUAUGCGCCGGGAUACGUCAACACUGGCUCAUUGGACUCCCGAUCGUCCAGGUCUACUCAUCGCAGCAUAGCGGAGCAUUUAUCGCGUGGGGUGGACGACGAGCACAGACUCAUCGCGCGAUACGCUGCGCGAUUGGCCCAUGAAAACCGCACUAUGCCGCGAGCAGGACGGUCAGCGUCGCUUACUCCAGAACUUGGUCGAUCAUCAUCAGAGGGAUCAGAGGUUGACGCGGCGCGGCAACAACGCGAACUGAUCUCGCAACUCGAAGCCAAGAAUAGGGAGAUCAUGAGGGAGAUUGCGAGGCUCAGACGUCAACAGGAAGCGGAAGCGUCAGCAAGUGGAUCAGGUUCCGCCCCUCCACUGGUUUCCGAACUUCGAGCCCUUCGGCAGAGGAAAGAUGAGCUCGAGGGUCAUCUGUCCUCGCUGCAGGAGUCCAGGAAACACCUCAUGCAGCAGCUCGAGGGACUCAUGAGGAUGCUCAAGCUGAGAGCCCUGCGGCAGAGGAAAGAUGAGCUCGAGGGUCAUCCGUCCGCGCUGCAGGAGUCCAGGAAACACCUCAUGCAGCAGCUCGAGGGGCUCAUGAGGACGCUCAAGGUAAGCUAG